GUCACUUUUUUUUGUUAGAGCGUUUUCAAUAUUGGGAGGCAAGUCAGCGCAUGUUUUUUUUCCUUUAGUAGCAAAACGUUGCAGCAGUUGUUUGGGUGUCAUUUUAAAGAAUUGUACAGUAAAACUGGUGAAAUUAUUUUAUUUUAACAAUGGGCAAAAAAAAUGAUAUUUCCCCCCAAAAAUAUUCUGCUGUAAAAACUUUGUUGGGUGAAAAGGUUUACACACAAACUCAAAUAGCUUUAAAAGUUGGUGUAAGUCAGAAAACAGUAAGCAGAAUAAAAAAAUGUGUUGAUAAUCAAGAGCCAUAUGAGCACCACAGAAUAGGGAAUUGUGGUCGUAAAAGAAAAAUAACCCCAAGGACACAAAGAAAUCUGGUUAAAAUGGCACUUAAUAACAGAAGAGCCACAUCUAAGGUGUUGUGUCAACAACUUAAUGAAGCAGGAGUAUAUGUUUCUCCAGUUACUGUUCGGAGAAGGCUUUUUGAAAGUGGUUUGAAAAGUCGUCGUCCACGAAAAAAACAAAAGGUUACACCAGCGAUGGCUAAAAAGAGGCUAGAAUGGGCUAAAAUUCAUGAAAACAUGUCUAUCUAUGACUGGAGUAAGGUAAAAUGUAUGCAAAAAUUGUAUUCAAAGUCAUUUUGAGAGUUUUCACUUAACAUUUGAUAUCAAAAUUUAUUUUAAAUAUGAAGAUGAGUUCUAAAAAGAUUUAGGCAAUUUUUUUUUCUAAAGAAUCUUUCAAAUUUUAUCUGUAAUUUUUUGCAAAGUGUUUCUGUGUACUCAUUUGUAUAUUUAUUAUAUCCAGGUAUGUUUUAGCAAUGAAUCCAUCUUUUUGGUGGUGGAAGAACAGAGCCAAUAUGUUCGAAGAAGACCAGGAGAAGAGUUCAAGGCAGAGUGUGUUAGCCAGAGUGUCAAGCAUCCAACGUCUGUUAUGGUGUGGAGUGUCAUGUCAAUACACGAACCGGGAAUGUUGUACAUCGUAGAAAGCACCAUGAAUCAUGUACAAUAUAUUAAAGUGCUACAAAAUAGGUUAAUGCCCCAAA